CAUAAAUCUCACUCAGCAAGCCUAACUCCUUACGCCAAUUCCAGUAAACAAACCAUCUCGGUCUUCCCCGCCUCGCCCUCUCUUUCUCUCUCUCUCUCUCUGGGUUUCAGAGAAGCCAAAAACUAAUCUUCAGGGUAACAGCAAAAGGAUCAAAAAGACGACCGCUUUUUUUGUGGGUAUUGGAUUUUGAGUUCGAAACAAUGGUGGGUAUAUUCUCAAGGUUCUCUAUCGGAAGAAGUGUUCAUCGACGCACGCAAAGCGCCCUCGAUCAGAGGGAAAUGUUACCUCCAAUUUCAGAGGUUGCCAUUUCAACAGGUUCCGUCACUGCAGCCUCUCAUGGGAUUGAAGGAGCGGUAGAGUUCAAGCCUGUUGAACACCCAGUUGAACCUUUUGACAAUGAUAGACCAAUUCAUUGCCCAUUGCCAGAACCUUCAAUUCUUCAUGAUGGAAGAAUAUGGAAAGAGAGAGCAUCAGCAACGUCCAUGAGGAGAAGAGCUGACUUGCCAGUUAUGAAGGAGGGGGUAACCCUAGAAUCUGAUAUUGCAGGGACAAAGUUACGGACAUCCCAACCAAAACGAAUGAUUCUACCAUCUAUGAGUGCCCCUGAACAUGACAUUCUAAAACUUCUUGAAGAGUGUGAUGCUUCAGGGAUCUAGCCUGGUACUAUUUCUGUUAUGACCUGUUUUGAAGUUCAGCCAAGAUGAAUACCCGUAGAGAAACAUGGAGCUCUGAGGGCCAUGAUCAGAACUUUUUACUUGCAAGUAUUGUAAAUAGGAUUGAUCCAACUUCUAUUUGCACUUCUUGCAGUAUCUAUAUUCUUGAUGCAUAAAACAAAGUCUAGUGACUCUAAUCAAGAUUUAAAUUUAUCAAAUGUUUUGAGCCAUCAUGCAUGUUAGUUGUACAUCAGUUGUACCUGUCACUGAGGUAAUAAGAAAACCCUUCUGUGUCAGAAUAAGAGGAAUGAAGAUAUGCUGUGUUAAACAUCAUAUUAUUGUCUAUAUUCAAGCAGCACUUGUUCAUUCUUCCCCUUAUUCCCAAGUAGAGCCUUUGAAGAGCACUAAAUUCUGGGUUUUUUGCUGAAAAUCUAUUUCAUCAAGUGGCGAUAGUCUUCUUACUGUAA